AUGACAGCGAUCAAACACACUCUCCAGAGGGAAGUCUUCCUUCCAAGUGAGGAGCGACUUUUCUCUGUCGUCCAUGUUACCAAAGAAGGCAAAAAGAAGAAACCAUGUUUCUUAUGCACUGCUGUGACAUCACAGAAGCCCGCCCAAGUGACAUUGUAUCAAGUCAAAAAGUCGGACAAGAGUGAUGCACUGAAGAAGAAAACAGCCUGGCCAUUGAGGCAGAUCAAACUACUGGAUGCCAAAUACAUUGAUAGAGACGUUGGCGAUUUUGAAAUUCACAUCGACAAAGUUUACAAAUGGGUGGCUAGUAGUGUAGCUGAAAAGAAUGCCUUCAUUCAAAGUCUAUGGAAGAGCCAACAGCAACUGCUGCACAACCAAACUGCACUGGAGUCCCUUCGACUUUCAAUCCUACCUGACCAGGUGGGAGGAACCAUGGGGGGUGUCCAGGGAGGGGGCCCAGAGGACGACGAGAGCAGUAACUGGAAGGCCCUUUCCAAAAAAGAGCAGUCGGAUUUAGAGCUGCUUAUGUCCCAGUGCGAUUUUGCUAUCAGCAAUGCUGAACUCUUUGCUGGACAACUUACUAAAGAUUUGUCUGUUCUCGAUGGAGCGAACAUUCACUCGAUCAUGGGAUCGGAGGACCAGGUGAUCGAGAUGAUGAGGUUGCUGGACAGGGGUUGUGAGGAGGCAGAACAAAUCGAGAAGAAGCUGAGAGAGUACGAAAUCGUCCUCGAGACUGUUAAAGACCUCAUGGAUUGUAUGAAAGAUAAGGAUGCCCUUAUAAACAUUAAAAAUAAAAAUCAUAGAAAGCUGUUAGAGGAGCUAGAAGCCUUAAUUAGUAAGUUAAGUUUGGAUCAUACGUUUGUGAAGUCGCUUUUAGACGGUGACCUUUCGACCCCGCGUGGAGUUCACGAGUGCACACUGGCCGCCAGGGCUAUUCUCAAGUGUCACAAUGCUGAAAUUAAACCUGCUCUCUGCAAAAUGAUGGCCGUUCAAGACCAGAAGAAAAGACUGACAUCUUACAAAAAUGCAUUCGUUAAAAGAUUAUCGCAUCAUCUCAAUAACUUAUUCAUACAUCAACCAUCGUCGACGUCAUCGUCUUCCUCCUCCAGCCACCCACAGCAAAGUGAAUUGAAGCUACCGACGCACACGUCUUGCUAUAAAGAGCUGCUGCCCUACUGCGAACUCAUGAAUUGGCUGAAGAUUGUCGACGUUGAAAUAUUCAAUAAACUGAAAUCUGUUUACACAACCAACCUUAGCAAAUUAUUCGGCCAGCAAGUUAAAGACUUCAUGAACUCGGCCAAACAACAACUCACUUAUAAGAGAAAUAAUUUAUCAGCCAAUCCCGGUUCGGCUACCUUAUCACGCAAACUCAUGUCGGCCAAUCAGACGAGCUCUAACUCGAGCAUCAACAAAUCAGAAGGCGUUGAUAGAAAUAACGCGAAAAAUUCAGAAGUGAACCGUGAAGGAGAGGACGUUUUUGAUCAGAUUUACGAGCAAGUCCUCACUGAGCUGGAGGUCUGGUGCGUGGCAGAACAGGAUUUCUGUGUUAAAUUCUUCAACCUCGAUUACACUGACCAACAACAACAACUACACGAUGACGUCACCAACAACAACAACAGAAGUAGUACUAGCGACAACAACAGCAGCGAUAGUCCCUGGGUUCAGAAUGUAUGCAAAAUGAUGUACGAACUGUUUCUAUCGCUGGAAUCCGAACUAAUGGCUCUUGAGGCUUUUGGGAUAAACUUGAAUAAUUACAACUCCUUAUGCAUGUUGGUACGCAUGAGCGGACAUGUACUAUUAACAGAAGACGUCGGUUCAUUCCUCAGUAAGACGUUUGCUACGUGCCUAGUACAGAUUAAGAGAAAUUUUGAUCGAUUUGUUGACAGUUUGAUACAGAAUAUGAGAGAGUGUAAAACGAAUAAGAAAUCGAGAUUGGGCAUAUUACAGUUUGUGCACAAGUUUGAAGAAUUCGCCAGACAGUCCGAAUGGGUUUUUAGGUCGACCAACAGACGGACUGACCUUGACCGGGCCUACGCAAAGCUGACCAGCGCCCUCUUCACCGAAAUCAACAGGGUGGCCAAUGAAAGUCAGAAAUCGCCUCCGGAAGUCGUUCAUUUCGAAAACUACCACAGGAUCUUUGCCUUGCUCUCCGAGUUGAAGAUCACAAGCCUGGAUGCUGUGAAGAAGGAGGCAAAGAAGCAGUACCAGGAAUGGAUGCAAGUCUACGUGGUGGCCUAUCUAGGUCAACCUCUUGAGAAAGUUCACCAAUUCUUCCAAGGGGUAGAAGCUAGGGUAGCAUCAGGAAUGAGAAUGGAAGACGUUGGAUACCAGGUGCAGUUCAACAGGCAAGAACUCAAAAGAAUCAUCAAAGAGUAUUCCGGAAAAGAGGUGAAGAAAGGCCUCGAGUUAUUGUACAAAAAAGUUGAUAAGCAUCUAUCGGAGGAGGAAAAUUUGUUACAAGUCGUGUGGCAUUCCAUGCAAGACGAAUUCAUAAAGCAGUACAAGUAUAUCGAGAGUAUGAUUAACCGCUGCUACCCUGAUUCCAACAUCUAUUUUGAAUUCAGUAUCGAGGACUUGCUCGGGUACUUUAGCGACAUCGCUCUAUCCCACUAA